AUGGAUUCUACGAGAGGCCCUCCCAGGGUCAAAAACAAGGCGCCCGCGCCGCAGCAGAUCUCAGCCGAGCAGCUUCUACGAGAAGCUGUUGACAGACAAGAGCCUGGGCUACAAGCACCAACCCAGCGCUUCGCCGACCUUGAAGAACUACAUGAAUUUCAGGGCCGGAAGCGCAAGGAAUUCGAGGACUAUGUCCGGCGCAACAGAAUCAAUAUGAACAAUUGGAUGCGGUAUGCGCAGUGGGAACUGGAGCAGAAAGAAUUUCGCCGGGCGAGAUCGAUCUUCGAGCGGGCGUUGGAUGUGGACAGUACAAGCGUGGUCCUGUGGAUUCGGUACAUCGAGGCGGAGAUGAAGAAUAGAAACAUCAACCACGCCAGAAAUCUGUUGGACAGAGCCGUGACGAUUCUCCCCAGGAUCGAUAAGCUUUGGUACAAGUAUGUCUACAUGGAAGAGACUCUUGGCAACAUCGCCGGAACGAGACAGGUCUUCGAGAGAUGGAUGAGCUGGGAGCCAGACGAGGCAGCUUGGCUGGCUUACAUUAAGCUGGAAAAGAGAUACGGAGAGUACGACCGUGCACGCGCCAUAUACGAACGCUUCACCAUCGUACACCCAGAACCGCGCAACUGGAUCCGAUGGGCCAAGUUCGAGGAGGAAAACGGAACCAGUCAGUUGGUUCGUGAUGUUUUUGGUGUUGCCAUCGAGACCCUCGGUGAAGACUUUAUGGAUGAGAAGCUUUUCAUAGCAUAUGCUCGCUAUGAGGCCAAACUCAAAGAGUACGAGAGAGCACGCGCUAUCUACAAGUAUGCACUGGACCGAUUGCCCCGGUCUCGAUCCGAGGCACUACACAAAGCAUACACUCAGUUUGAGAAACAAUUUGGAAACCGCGAAGGAGUAGAAGACGUGAUCAUCGCUAAGCGACGGGUGCAAUAUGAGGAGCAGAUCAAAGCUAACCCCCGAAAUUACGACGUGUGGUUCGACUUUGCUCGUUUGGAAGAGACCGGUGGCGAUGUGGAACGGGUACGAGACGUCUACGAAAGGGCAAUCGCUCAAAUUCCGCCUUCACAGGAAAAACGACACUGGCGGAGAUACAUCUAUCUCUGGAUCUUUUAUGCCCUGUGGGAGGAAAUGGCGAACAACGACGUGGAACGGGCAAGGCAAGUCUACCAGGAAUGCCUGAAGCUGAUCCCCCACAAGAAGUGGACGUUUGCCAAAAUUUGGAUCAUGAAAGCGCAAUUUGAGGUGCGGCAAAUGCAGCUGACGGCAGCGAGAAAGACACUGGGACAAGCUAUCGGCAUGUGUCCCAAGGACAAGUUGUUCCGGAGCUACAUUGAACUGGAGAAACAGCUUUUUGAAUUCGAGCGGUGUCGGACGCUGUUUGAAAAGCAGAUCGAAUGGAACCCAUCCAAUAGCCAGGCAUGGAUUCAGUUUGCAGAGCUGGAGCGCGGACUGGACGAUCUAGAACGAGCGAGAGCGAUUUUUGAACUGGGCAUCGAGCAACCUACGCUGGAUAUGCCCGAGCUGGUUUGGAAGGCAUACAUUGAUUUUGAGGAGUACGAAGAAGAAUACGAUCGAGCCCGCGCGCUGUAUGAGCGGUUGCUGAAGAAGACGGACCACGUCAAGGUCUGGAUCAAUUAUGCACGCUUUGAAAUCAAUGUGCCGGAUCCCAACGAACCCGAACCAGCAGAAGGCGAGGAGCAACGGGUUAGCGAAGAUGCAAAGAGACGGGCACGCAAGGUCUUUGAACGGGCCCAUGACUUGUUCAAGGCGAAAGAAAUGAAAGAAGAGCGGGUGGACCUGUUGAAUGCCUGGCGCUCGUUUGAGCAGACGCAUGGGUCGGCCGAGGACAUUGAGAAGAUCGAGAAACAGAUGCCUCGUAAGGUCAAGAAGAGGAGAAAGAUCGAGGAGGAUCGGUUCGAGGAGUACAUCGACUAUGUCUUCCCGGCUGACGAUGAGAGUGCGGCCAAGAUGUCCAAACUGUUGCAGAUGGCGCAUGCGUGGAAGUCGAAACAGCAAGCGAACGGCAGUGCUGACAGCGCUGAGUGA